ACUCCGCUCUACGCCGCAAAGUAGCCCAUGCGGACGCUGCUUAGCCGACUACACCCUUGAGAGAGAAAGGUCCAACCACAGUCAUAAUGGAGUCAACUCGCGGACCGCCCAAGGUCAAGAACAAGGCCGCGGCGCCUGUUCAGAUCUCGGCGGAGCAGCUGCUGCGCGAGGCAGUUGAUCGUCAGGAGGUCGCUAUCCAAGCGCCAACGCAGAGAUUCUCCGACCUCGAAGAACUUCACGAAUUUCAGGGACGGAAGAGACGCGAGUUUGAGGAUUAUGUCCGUCGCAAUCGCAUCAACCUGAACAACUGGCUCCGAUAUGCCGAAUGGGAGAUCCAAAACAAAGAGCUGGCGCGGGCCAGGUCCAUCUUCGAGAGAGCCCUGGAUGUCCAUCCGAACUCGGUUCAAUUAUGGAUCAGGUAUAUCGAGUCGGAGAUGAAGACGCGGAACAUCAACCAUGCGCGCAACCUGCUGGAUCGCGCCGUCACUCGGCUUCCCAGGGUGGACAAGCUGUGGUACAAGUACGUCUACAUGGAGGAGAUGCUCGGGAACGUACCCGGGACUCGGCAGGUGUUCGACCGCUGGAUGCAAUGGCAUCCGGACGAGGCGGCGUGGGGCGCAUACAUCAAGCUCGAGAAAAGAUACGGCGAAAUCGACAGGGCGCGAGACAUCUUCCGGCGAUUCACCGCGGUGCACCCGGAGCCACGGAACUGGGUCAAAUGGACGCGCUUCGAGGAGGAGUUCGGGACCAGCGACAUGGUACGGGACGUCUUCGGGACCGCUGUCGAGGUUUUGGGCGACGAACUCGUGGAUGAGAGGCUGUUCAUUGCCUACGCGCGCUUCGAGGCCAAGCUCAAGGAAUACGAAAGGGCCAGGGCCAUCUACAAAUACGCCUUGGAUCGGCUACCACGGUCGAGGGCCAUGACACUGCACAAGGCCUACACCACGUUUGAGAAGCAGUUCGGCGACAAGGACGGGGUCGAGGACGUGGUACUCUCGAAACGGCGCGUGUACUACGAGAACCAGGUCAAAGAGAGUCCGAAGAACUACGACAUUUGGUUCGAUUACGCACGGCUCGAGGAGACGUCGGGCGAUGCGGACCGGGUUCGGGACGUAUACGAGAGAGCAGUGGCCCAGGUUCCGCCAGCGCAGGAGAAGAGGUUCUGGAGGCGAUACAUCUACCUGUGGAUUUACUACGCGCUCUGGGAGGAACUGGAGGCCGGGAAUGUGACAAGGGCACGACAGGUCUACCGAGUGUGCCUCGACUUGAUCCCCCACAAGAAGUUCACAUUUGCCAAGAUGUGGUUACUGAAGGCGCAAUUCGAGAUUCGACAAGGCGAACUAACGGCGGCGCGCAAGACACUGGGGCAGGCCAUAGGGCUGUGUCCGAAGGACAAACUGUUUCGGGGAUACAUCGAGUUGGAGCUGAAGCUGUUUGAGUUUGUCCGAUGCCGCACGUUGUACGAGAAACACGUCCAAUGGAACCCGGCCAAUUGCCAGACGUGGAUCAAGUUUGCCGAGCUGGAGCGGGGCCUGGAUGACCUGGAUCGUACGCGGGCCAUCUUCGAGCUUGCGGUCGACCAGCCGGUUUUGGACAUGCCAGAGCUGCUAUGGAAAGCUUACAUCGACUUCGAGGAGGAAGAAGGCGAGUACGAACGCGCGCGAGCGCUAUACGAACGGCUGUUGGAGAAGACGGACCACGUCAAGGUCUGGAUCAGCUACGCCCACUUCGAGCUCAACGUGGCGGAGGAGGAUGAGGUCGAUGUGCAAGAAGAGGAAGAACAGCCGGUGAGCGAUGAGGCCAAGGCCCGCGCCAGGAAGGUGUUUGAGCGGGCUCACAAGGGGAUGCGGGAGAAGGAGCUCAAGGAAGAGACGGUCAUGCUGCUGAACGCGUGGUUGUCGUUCGAGAAGACGCACGGCACGGCGGAGGACGUGGAACGGGUACAAAAGCAGAUGCCGCGCAAGACCAAACGCAGACGGCGACUGGAAGACGACACGUGGGAGGAGUAUGUCGACUACGUGUUCCCGGUGGACGAACAACAAACGAAGAAUUUGUCAAAUAUUUUGGCCAUGGCGCAGGCAUGGAAGCAGCAGAGCGACAAGACACAGCCAUGAGCAAAUGGUCGAAUGGACAACGGCUGCGGGGGUGCUAUGUUGUUGCCCUGUUACCAGUGAUGGCAGGCAUCAAACGGACGGUCCCCUUCUUCCAUUCGAUGCCUCACAGGUUUCUUUAGUGUCUACCUUAGGUAUACCCCCAACCCGGUGUCAGUCUAUUCCACACGAGGUUCUUGAACAUGGGAAGCGGGGGGAGGGGGCGGGGGAGGGAGGAGGGAGGAGAGGAGGGGAGGAGAGGAAGAAAAUGGUAGAGGGCAAGCGGUUACGCUGGUAUACCUUACCUUACCUUAGUUACCUUACGUCUCUUCCAUACGGUUACGGUGUACAGUGUACAUUAGGUAUACAUCAUCUUCUCAUGCCCACCAGGGUCUCUCUACACGUGUACCUUAUCUGUUCGGUACUCUUACCUUCCUUAACAGCACGCGAGAUAUAUUGAAGCAUCACUCUCGAC